UCUUAUCUGAAGAUAGCAAAGGGGGGAUAUCAUCCCCAGUUUAGUAAUCAAUGUGUUUGAGUAAUGGUAAAGUACUAUUCUGGGGUGUUGACAACCAGAACCCUGAUUGACCCCAAAGGUUGGCUUCAAUGGAGAUUAAAGAUGGCUGAAUGCCACUUCGCUGUCCGAUUGAUGCCAGCGGCGUGGAAGAAGACGAGUACCAGAAGAAAUAGGGAUACAUAGAAUAUUAUCAAUAUGUCGGAAGCAGAAUCGGUUACACAUCCGCUGCUCAUGACCGCGACGCGCGCGUCGGACACGACCACGCUUUCAGCGUUUGAGCUGGCGCCUGAAGUCGAGCCACCGCAGCGCGAGUCGGCCGAGCACAGCAGCGACGCGAUUCAUGCUCUGUCGACGAGCAUCACAAAUACCGGUGCGGACGCGGCAGGCGGGAAGGAUUUCGCGCUGAAGCAGCUUGCGGCGGAGGAAGCGCUUGAGGCGCAGGCGUUUCUGGGGAAUAACGAGGAGCCGGAGGAGGAUACUCGCGAGAGUUGGAAUUCGAACGGGACGAAUAUGGCGCGGGUGUUGAUUACCUUCUUUGCGUUUGUGUUGAUGGGAAUGAAUGAUGCUGCUACUGGUGCCGUUCUCCUACAGAUGGAAGCAUGGUAUGACAAAAGCUACACAACGAUCUCCUUCUGUCUCCUGGGUCCAGCAAUUGGGUACAUGUCCGCCGCUUUCCUGAACGCGUCCUUCCAUCAACACCUCGGCCGUCAAAAGGUCGGUGUGCUCUCAAUCCUGCUCUUCUCAAUCGGCUACUCGUUCAUUUGCUGGGCGCCGCCUUUCCCUAUCCUCGUGCUUGCGUACGUCUGCGUCGGUCUGGGCUCUGGAACUAUGGACGCCGCGUUCAACGUCUACAUCGUCACACUGCGCAACGAGAACGAGCUGAUGGGAAUCCUGCACGCUUGCUACGGUGUCGGUGCUAUCAUCAGCCCUCUGGUAGCUACUUAUAUGGUCGCUGCCGGCUACCAAUGGAGUCAUUAUUACUACGUUUUGCUGGGCUACGCGGUUGUGGCUGCGACCGCAGUCUACAUCGCUUUCGAGGGCGAAAACGCCGAGAAAUACGCGCGCGAGAACCCGCCCCAGAUCGGCGCUGACGGAAAGUCAGAGAGCAGCUUGUCCGAGGCGCUUAAAAACAAAUAUACCCUGAUCAUCUCUCUUUUCCUUUUCUGCUACAUGGGAGCCGAGGUCGGUGUCGGAAGCUGGACUGUGGCGUUCAUGGUCAGAUAUAAGGGUGGUGAGGAAUCCAAGAUGGGCGCUGUCGCUUCCGGAUUCUGGGCUGGUUUGACCGCCGGCCGUGUUGUGCUCGGGUUUAUUACCGGAAGAAUCGGUGAAAACACAAUGGUCACAAUCUACCUCAUCCUCGCGAUCGUCUUCCAGUUCGUGUACUGGCUCUCCCCCACCAUCGUCGGCUCCGCCAUCGGCGCCGCGUUCGUCGGCGUGUGCUACGGCCCGCUCUUUCCCACCGCCGUCCUCGCGCUCUCAAGAAUCCUUCCUUCGCGAUUGCACAUCGCGAGCGUUGGCUUCGCGUCCUCUUUUGGCGGCGCGGGGUCGGCUGUGUUCCCGUUCAUCACCGGCGCUAUUGCCGAAAGCAAGGGAACUUGGGUGCUGCAGCCGAUCGUCAUCGCGCUGAUUAUCACAAUGUUGGUCCUCUGGCUUUAUAUUCCUACGGUUGAGGCGAGUCGGAUUCGGGAUCGAGUUAUAUUUUUCCUGUUUAGACGUCAGGCCAACUCUAUUAUGACUCCGGUCGCGCUCGAGUAGACGGGCGUGAAAUCGAGACUAUUCUGUAACGCUGUGGAUCAUUUCUUUUGAUUACUUUUUGGGCUUCUUUUGACGGUUUAGGUAUUGGAUCUCGAGCAUACAGUCGA